UCUUUUUUUUUUUUUUUCUGCGAUAUACAAUUCCCCAUCGGUUGACUUUGCAGAACACAAUGUCGUCUGAAGCCGAGCGCGAGAAAGGCGAGCUUGGUGAGCGCCAGGUUUCGGUUUCGAGCCAUCACAUUCCAGUCGAGCAGUCCAACAAGACCUUCUGGGCGAGGCUUUGGCCAGUCAUUGCAUGCGGCGCCGGUCUCUUUUCCGAUGGCUACCUCAAUGCUAUCAUCGGCCCUGUCAACACCAUGUUGAAGAAGCUGUAUCCCCAUGAGUACGCAUCAUCUCAUGCAACUGCGAACGUAGGCUCCAUCACUUUCGCUGGCACCGUCCUGGGCAUGCUGGUUUUCGGUUACACCAGUGACAAGUUUUCGCGCAAAUGGUCGCUCGUGAUCUCCACGUGCAUUCUCAUCUUAUUUGCCAUUCUAGCCACGGCUUCGUACGGCGCUGGCGGUAGUAUCAACGGUAUGCUUGCAGCGCUGGUCGCCUAUCGUUUCUUCCUGGGCAUCGGUAUUGGUGGCGAGUACCCUGCGGGCUCCGUCGGUUGCGCAGAAGGCACUGGCGAGCUGAAAUCUGGCACUAGGAACAAGUGGUUCAUCCUGUUCACCAACAGUAUGAUCGAUAUUGCCUUCGUCAUCGCAGCUCUCGUAGCCAUGAUUGUCGUGCUUGCUACUGGUGAAGAUCACCUUCGUGCUGCAUGGCGCAUCUGCCUGGGAAUUGGCGUGCUUCCACCACUGUCCCUGAUAUACUUGCGUGUAAAGCUGCAGGAACCUGAGGCAUACAAGCGGGAAUCCAUGGCCAAAACCCAUACUCCCUGGCUCCUUGUCCUUCGCUACUAUGGAUUGCGUCUCAUCGUUGUCUCCAUCAUCUGGUUCAUCUACGAUUUUUCAGCCUACAGCUUCGGUAUCUACUCGUCCUCAAUCUUGGCCAAUCUCCUUGGUAACGACACGGCCCUGUGGAAGAGUCUCGGCUGGAACGUGCUCCUCAACUUCUUCUAUGUCCCCGGCACUAUUGGCGGUGCACUCCUCAGCGAUAUCCCGUCUCUCAACCCGAAGAGAAUCCUGAUCAUUGGUGUUACCUGUCAGGCUAUCAUCGGCUACAUCAUGGCUGGAUGCUACGAGUACUUGGACAAGCCGAAGUAUGUCGCCGCAUUCGUCAUUGUCUACGGCAUCUUCCUCGCUUUCGGCGAGCUUGGUCCUGGCAACAACAUCGGUCUUCUCGCUUCCAAGACCAGCGCGACCUGCAUUCGUGGUCAGUACUACGGUAUCGCCGCUGCCAUGGGCAAGAUUGGUGCCUUCUCCGGUGGUUAUGCUCUUACCGCCAUGCAAGACCGCUAUGGCGCCAAUGGUCCAAAUCCGUCACACAGCGACCUGAUCAAGGCUGGUCAAUUGCCAUUCUGGGUUGCUUCCUCGCUCGCCAUUGUCGCUGCCAUUCUCGCGUACUUUGGUCUUCCAGACGUUGGCCAGGACACUAUCGACUACGAGGACGAGAAGUUCCGCGUCUAUCUAGCCAGUCAUGGCUAUGACGUUAGCAAGAUGGGUCUUGAGCCCACAAGCAGCACUGAGGGCUUGGCCACAGAAGAGGUCAAGCCUACCGCUUAGAUUGUGUAAUAAGGCUCGACAGUUGGAUGCUGUGAGAAUGUUUCGAGGUGGCUUAAGGUUUUCGGUGAUGCAGUAAUGCUUUUGUGUGUUUGUUUUCAACAGCUUGAUACCAGAUGAACGACGAGGUUAUCGGAAGUACGGUCUCCCGCGGUGGAAACGUCUACGAUUCUACUUCAAGUAUCGUAACAAGAUGCAGAAAAAAUCGAAGAUCUCCAUGAGAAAUCAGACGUGUAUUGCGCAAUCGUUAUCAUGAAAUUCACUGACACGAUUGAGGAGCUUUAAGAGCAUGGUUCGGAAACGUGCGCUCGAAGUGUCCGGCUACAUAUUCUCGCCCAAGAGACGGACUCUUUCAACUUUCUGCUAAGUAGCAUCUCCGACAAAAAAGUUGCAAAGAACGACAUCGCUGGUCAAUCAGUGAACCACGUGCAAAAGGCAUUGGUCAGAUGCCAAAGAAGUGUUCGUCUGCCCUUGGCAAACACUUGGCGACCGCCGAUGUUCAUUUGUGCCUGCUGAAUGCUGAAGACUCCACUAUCGGCAUGAACUGGUCGUUUGGAACCGCAGAGAUACGUUGCCUAGCACAAGGAGGCAGAUAUCUCGCGCAAACGAGGUGGCGUACGGACGGUCUAAUCUAACUUCCUCCGAGACGUCGUAAAUUGAUUCGUUUGAACAUUUUGGCACGUCCCAGGUUGCAGGUAGUUCUCAUGUCACUCAUAAAUACAGGAGAAGCAGAUGUUUUCAACAACAGAAGCACAGGUUACACCUAACAUCAAAUUGCGUCAAACUGCGUGCUCGUCAAGAAGCAACUUGUGUUCUCCACAAAGCAGUGUCUAUUUUCUCUUCUGAUACUAUUCUGAGCUUUGAAACUUUCAUAACAUAUAUAGCGGAGCACAUUUCAGAUCACGUGG